GUGAACUGUCAUAAAAGGAAAAGUUGGAAAAUAAAUAAACAACGCGGUUCAAGAACGGGGAAUUAAAUUUGGUUUUAUUCAACUAUUUGCACCCGGAAUAGAACACAACAUUUGGCGACGAGUGGUGAAACAAUCCACGAGAAGCGCGGAAGUGAUUGCGAUUAAAUUCGGGCGCGGAAAAUAGUUAUAUCAGCGCGGAAGUUGACGCGGCCAAGGGAGCUGCUCGACAAAGUAAACAAAGGAGAAAAAAGAAAGAUUCGAUUCGGUUGUGACCAGUUGUGACACAAGAGCAGAUUCAAUUCGAUUGUACGAGGAUGGAUGGUGGAAAAAGCUCCGGAUUGGCUCCGUUUGUUCCCGGGGACACGUCCACGGUCUCUUCCCGGUGGAAGAAAUGGAAACGUUCUUUUCAAAUCUUCCUUGACGUGAACAACGUCGCAAUCGCCUCACGGAAGAAGUCAUACCUCCUUCACUAUGUGGGACCGCAAGUGCAGGACGUGUACUUCAGCUUGCAGGGCGACGAUGAACCGGAAGUUCCGGUGGGAUCCGACGUAUUCCAAGAGGCGAUGAAGCUGCUGGACGAGUACUUCCUGCCAAUGAAGUGCCUGCCGUUGGAGCGGCAUAAAUUUCGAAACCUGGUGCAGGCCGGCGAGGAACCCAUCGAAAGUUUUGUCCUACGACUGCGGGAGCAGGGCAACCUCUGCGAGUAUGGUGACCACUUGGACGACGAAAUUAAGGAGCAGAUUUUUGAGAAAGGAGCGUCGGAUGAUCUACGUGCGAGGAUUCUAAACAAACCUCAGAUGACUCUGGCCGAAACCGUUGAAGCUGGCCGUUCAUUGGAGACAAUCGAGAAGCACAAGAACAAUUUGACGCUGAACCCAACUCCGGCGGAGAACGACGUGGAGGUGCACAAAAUCCGGUCAAGGACUCGAUCGAACCGGGAAUGCUACCGUUGCGGCAAGCGGGGUCAUUUCGCCAACGAUGAUAGCUGCCCGGCGAAAGACCAGGAGUGCAAGCGCUGCGGUAUGGUUGGACACUUCAAGAGUUGCUGCAAAACGAAGAAGCACAAGAAAAAGGUGGGAAAGCGGCUGCGGCAGGUGAAGACUGGUCGACGUGACACGGACUCUGAGGAUUCCGACGAUUCGGAACAGCUGAGUGAUGAUUCGGCAGAGGAGAACGUGCAAUACCUGUUUGCAACUGACCCAGGUCGAUGAGGUAAUGUUAUUUGUACUGUGGGUGGCGUUCCAGUUAAAUGGGUGGUGGA